AUGGAACUUCUUGACAGCAGGUGGAUUUUUAAAGUAAAAACUGAUCAAUUUGGAAAAAUAGUAUGCCACAAGGCAAGGUUAGUUGCUCGUGGUUUCGCCCAAAUAGAAGGGCAAGAUUAUCAUGAAAUUUUUGCCCCUACAAUACGCUUUGAAAGCAUAAGAAUGAUGUUUAAACUUGCUGCACAAAAAAAUAUGCAAGUAUCACAUCAAGAUGUAACUACCGCAUAUUUAAAUGCAAAACUUGAUGAGGAUAUUUACAUGUUACCACCUGAAGGUGUUAAAGUUGACAAAGACAUUGUAUGCAAACUGGAAAAAUGCCUUUAUGGAUUGAAACAGUCUGCAAGAGCAUGGAAUGCUAAAUUGUCAAAAACACUCAGAGACAUGGGAUUUAAGCAAGGGCAAGCAGAUCAAUGUUUAUUUGUUAAACAUGAAAAAGAGCACAAGUUGUAUAAUGCUAAUUCUGUCGAUACUCCAAUGGUGCAGAAUUUCCAAGCAGAUGGUCAAAGUAAACAUUUUGAAAAUGCUACCUUGUACAGAAGUAUACUAGGGCAACUAAGUUUUAUUGCCAAUGCUACCCGACCAGAUAUUUCUGUGAGUGUAAAUUUAUUGAGUAGGCAAACUGCUAAACCCACAGAACACACUUGGAAAGCUAUGAAGCGAAUAGCACGUUAUUUAAAGGGCACUUUGAACUACAGGCUGAAGUUCACAAAGGAAUGCACUGGAGGUUUAGAAAUUCAUGUGGAUGCUAGUUUUGGAGAUGAUAUAAAUGACAGAAAAAGUACAUCUGGAGUUUGUUACAUGUUAAAUCACAGUUUAUUUGAUUGGUCCUGUAAAAAACAGUCUACAGUUUCAUUAAGUUCUUGUGAAGCAGAACUGAAUGCUUUUAACUAUGCCAUUGUAAACAUUGAAUGGUUAUUACAAUUGUUAAUGGAUGCCGAGAUUGAUGUACCAAAACCUGUUGUUUAUCAAGACAAUCAAUCAAGUAUCUCUAUCUUAAAAACUGAUAGUUGUAAGCAAAGAACCAAAUAUUUGCAAAUCAAAUUGUGUCAUGCAAAAGAAUGUAUAAGAAAUGGUUUAUUGCAAGUUCAAUAUUUAGCUGGAAAAGGCAUUCCUGCGGAUUUGUUGUCUAAACCGAUAAGUAAGGAACAACAUCAGAAGUUGACAAAAUACUUACAAUUAAAUGAGGUGCUUGGAUAUAAUCCAAAAAAUGAUAGAAUGAUCUCAAUUCGAAUUCAGGGUAAGCCAUUUAACAUCACAGUGAUCCAAAUAUAUGCCCCAACCACAGAUGCUGAAGAAGUAGAAGUAGAUCAGUUCUAUGAGGAUCUGCAGCACCUACUGGAUAAUACACCAAAAAGAGAUGUUAUUUUCGUUACAGGAGACUGGAACGCUAAGGUGGGCAGUCAAAUGACAUCUGGAAUUACAGGUAAGCAUGGUCUAGGAGAACAAAAUGAAGCGGGACAUAGGCUGAUAGAAUUCUGCCAGGACAACUCACUGUGCAUAACAAACACUCUCUUCCAACAACCUAAAAGAUGGCUUUAUACAUGGACUUCACCAGAUGGCCGACACCGAAAUCAGAUUGACUACAUCCUUUGCAGCCAAAGGUGGCGGACAUCUAUACAGACAGUAAAAACAAGACCUGGAGCUGACUGUAGUUCAGAUCACGAACUUCUUAUUGCACAAUUUAGAAGCAAACUAAAGAGAACAGGGAAGACCCACAGAUCACAUGCCAUAUGCCAGCAAAUUUGGAAAACACAAGAAUGGCCAUCAGACUGGAAAAAAUCAACUUAUAUUCCCAUACCAAAAAAGGGAAACACUAAAGAAUGUUCCAACUAUCGUACAGUGGCACUUAUUUCACAUGCCAGCAAGGUAAUGCUCAAGAUCCUGCAAGGUAGACUCCAGCAAUUCAUGGAGCGAGAAUUGCCAGAUGUACAAGCUGGGUUUAGAAAAGGCAGAGGAACUAGAGACCAAAUUGCCAAUAUCUGCUGGAUAAUGGAGAAAGCCAGGGAGUUCCAGAAAAACAUCUAUUUCUGUUUUAUCGACUAUUCUAAAGCCUUUGACUGUGUGGAUCAUAACAAACUGUGGCAAGUUAUUGGUGGUAUGGGGAUACCAAGUCAUCUUGUCUGCCUCCUGAGGAAUCUGUAUAACGAACAAGUAGCAACGGUAAGAACAGACCACGGAACAACAGACUGGUUUAAGAUUGGGAAAGGAAUACGGCAAGGUUGUAUACUCUCACCUUACCUAUUCAACUUGUAUGCAGAACACAUCAUGCGACGUGCUGAGCUUGACGAAUCCAAGGCUGGAGUUAAAAUCGCAGGAAGAAACAUUAACAAUCUCAGAUAUGCAGAUGACACCACUUUGAUGGCUGAAAGCGAGGAGGAGCUGAGGAGCCUUAUGACAAAGCAACAUCAGGCUUAA